AGCACGCCUGCGUGUCUCAGCCAAGGAUGAUGUCCUCAGGACCGCAGCAAGUGUGAUACGACCUCUAAGGGCGGUCGCGGGCAGCGUACUCUGUUUUCCCUUCUCCACCCAGCUCUCCUCCUACUUUCUAAGGAUGGCCCAGAAGGAGAAUGCCUACCCCUGGCCUUACGGCCGGCAGACGUCUCAAUCGGGCCUGAACACCCUACCCCAGAGGGUCCUCCGGAAGGAGCCUGCCACCCCAUCUGCACUUGUCCUCAUGAGUCGCCCCAACGGCCUGCCCACAGCUGCCCAUGGCCAGAAGGUGGGAGAAAAUAGCAUUGGCGUUCGAAACUCCAGACAGCCCCUCACAAUCAACGACUUUGAGAUUGGGCGUCCUCUGGGCAAAGGCAAAUUUGGAAAUGUGUACUUGGCUCGAGAGAAGAAAAGUCAUUUCAUUGUGGCACUCAAGGUCCUCUUCAAGUCCCAGAUCGAGAAGGAAGGUGUGGAACACCAGCUGCGCAGGGAGAUCGAGAUCCAGGCCCAUCUGCAGCAUCCCAACAUCUUGCGGCUCUACAACUAUUUUUAUGAUCGGAGGAGGAUCUACUUGAUUCUGGAGUAUGCCCCCCGAGGAGAGCUCUACAAGGAGCUACAGAAGUGCCGCACUUUUGAUGAGCAACGAACAGCCACGAUCAUGGAGGAGUUGGCGGAUGCUCUGAUAUACUGCCAUGGGAAAAAGGUGAUUCACAGAGAUAUAAAGCCAGAAAAUCUGCUUUUAGGGCUCCAAGGUGAGCUGAAGAUUGCGGAUUUUGGCUGGUCGGUGCACGCUCCCUCUCUGAGGAGGAAGACAAUGUGUGGUACCCUGGACUACCUGCCCCCAGAGAUGAUUGAGGGGCGCACACACAAUGAGAAGGUAGAUCUCUGGUGCAUCGGGAUACUCUGCUAUGAGCUGCUGGUGGGAAACCCACCCUUCGAGAGUGCCUCACACAAUGAGACCUAUCGGAGGAUCGUCAAGGUGGACCUGAAGUUCCCUCCUUCUAUGCCCGCAGGGGCCCAGGACCUCAUCUGCAAGCUGCUCAAACAUAACCCCUCUGAAAGGCUGCCCCUGGCCCAGGUCUCAGCUCACCCUUGGGUCCGGGACCAUUCGMGGAGGGUGCUGCCUCCCUCUGCCCCUUGUUCUGUCCCCUGA